CCUAAUCUCAUCUCGUCAUCGCACCAAUUCCUCCCCAAAAUAGCCGACACAACUCCUCUCCCUCGCCUCGCGACACAACCCUCCCUCCUCUCCCUCUCCCUCGCCUUGCGCCGACACAACCCUCCCUCCUCUCCCUCGCCUCGCAACGACGCCGUGCCCUUUUCGUAACCCACCACGCCCUUGCGCACGAGGAGGCCGCCGACUUCAUAGUGACGCCAAGGUUUUGCAGUUGCUUCGUUCUUCUGAUCGCCGGCCCCGGCUCGCUGCUCGCUUCCGCGGCGUCGGAUCUGAGGGUUUUUCAGAUCAGAUAAGUAGAUCGUCUGCAGCUGCCGUAUUAUAUCAGGAGAUCGGCGAGCGACGACUCCAAUCUAUAUCCUCCAGGAGGCAUGGCGAGCAGAGCUGGCAGUGACAGUCGGGAGCUGCAGAUGAAUGAACAACUAAUUUUAAACACAUAUGCCAACAUGCGCACAGAAGUUAACCAAAUUUACUCAAAGAUCACUGAGCUAGAGAUGGAAGUAAGUGAACACUCUCUUGUAAUUGGGGCAAUUCAACCACUGGAUCCAUCAAGACGCUGCUACCGAAUGGUUGGUGGCGUGCUGGUCGAGAGAACGAUCAAUGAAGUCCUCCCUGCUGUUCAGCGUAACAAGGAAGGUCUCGAAGAGGUCAUCGCUCGCCUCAACGAGGCAUUAGAGAAGAAGAAAAAGGAGAUUGCAGAGUUCGAGUUGAAGUAUAAGAUUAAGAUAAGAAAGGCGGAUAGUGAGACCAAGGAGGAUGCUAGCCAGAAAGAAGGCUCCGCACAGGGGGUUCUUGUAGGUCCUGCAAGCUGAGUAGAAGGAAGAGCUGGGAAGAAAUAAGUUAACGAUCAGGUUAUGCAGGUGCUAUAUGAUAGUGGUGUUUAGUAUUGGCAUGCAGGUCUUCUCUGUUUUAGUUGUCUGAUCAGUAAAGAACUAGAAACCAAUGGGAUUCUUGAGCUGUGGAAGUAGAAUUCAUCUUGUUGCCCCAUCUUGUUUUAUCUUGUACUCUUGUCAUUUUGUCAAUUAUAAAAAAUGCACCAACGUAUUGUGUUUUCCCCCGAA